AUGACUGCUGCCACGUCGACGCUGGCCAGUGAAGCCGAAGCAACCCCAAUCGAGACUCCGGUGGAUUCUACUCAGCCGCAGUCGGAGUUGGCCGACGAUAGCGAGUCUGACGAUGAAGACUUUGACCCCAACGCCGAUACUAAAGCCGCCGCUGAUGACGACGACGACUCCGACGAUGGCGAAGCGGUGCCUGACUAUUCCCAUUUAGCGUCAGAUGUGUCCCUUAUUAAGACUCGCCGUCAACGGUACCAGGAAACGCUGAAACGAGAGUACCUGGGUCUCGUCACAGCCCCCACGUCUUCCGUCGAUGUCGAUGCCAUCUUCGCUGAACUUUCGCUGGGUAAAGCUCCUAGCCGCACCGAAUGGUUGGAAAUUCUGAAACUGGCUCCAGAAACGACUAAGGAACCUACUCCUAAGCCACAACCAUUGACUCAAGACGAAAAGGAUCUUCAGCCGCAAACGAUCACCAUUAAGCUGACCUACGCCUUUGCCGGUAAAAUCGUCACUGAAACCAAAACUGUCGAUGCUAAUCUGGCCGAAGCUAAAGCUUACCUCAACUCCACAGCUCGUAUGGCUACUUAUGACGAAGAUAAGCCCUACCGCCUGUUUGUGCCCGUGAUGCGGACGGUCCCUGGAGAACUGGAACCGCGAGAGCUUCGCAUCAAGCUUAAACGACCGCUGCUUAUCGAUAAAUUCCUCUCGGGAUCGGGGAAGAAGAUCAAGUUGUCGACGCUUGAGAAAUCGCGGUUGGAUUGGGCACUGUUUGUCGAUAAGCGGAACAUCCAGGACGAAUUGAAGAUUGGUAAUCGUGACGGUUACUUAGAGAAGCAAGACUUCUUGGGCCGUUUGGAUGCUAAGCGUGAUGAGAACUACCAGAAGGCUAAGGAUGAAGACCGCCGCAAACGGUUUUUACUCCAGCAGCAACAGCAGAGUUGA